GGCAGUUGACCCAAGAAAAAAUUCCAGCCUAUAUUACCCGCCAACAAGUUUUCUUCAUUAAUGUCGUCUGUAAAAACAUCCAAAGACUUCGUCUUUUUUUAUUACCCUAAGUUCAUACACUGGCCCUUUGUUGAUUUCUUUUUCGGCAAAUUUAAUUAUUAUUAUUAACAUUUCCAUUGUCAAGUUUUAGUUGCUCUGCUAGUGGCAAUGGAAAUAACUAGGAACUGAGAAUUCAAGUCAAUUUAUAAAAAAGAAAAAACCAAAGCAAAGAAAAGCAAUAGGAGCACUUCUUUUAUUUUAUUUUUCUUUGAAUUGAGAAAAAAAAGGUUGGUGGAUUAAAGCAGAAAAAAAAGUUGAAUUUUUUGAGCAUCAACUUGUUAAAAGAUAUAUUUGUUUUUCGUUUUAUGGUUUGGAAAUUCUGUGUUUUGCUAUUGCUGAUUUGUGUGUCUGGUUAUGCUCCAACGAGGUGGGCAAAGGGAAGGGUAAAAGGUUUUUCAAGAUGGGGAUUUGCUGGGGUUCUUCAGCUGAUAAUCCAACACCAACCACCACUGGUUGUCUCAGUUCAGUGAUAUCUCAAACAACCAGCAAUACAGCAUCCACUUCAAUAUCUAGGGGCAGUAGGUUCUCAGCUUCAAGUGGGGAUGAGGUUUUCCCAAAUGGGCAGAUAUUGCCAGCACCUGAUCUGAGGAUCUUCAGUUUUGCAGAAUUGAAGUCUGCAACUAAGAAUUUCAGGCCUGAAAUGGUGCUGGGCGAGGGAGGUUUCGGUAAAGUCUUCAAAGGUUGGCUUGACGAGAAAUCGCCAGGGAAGAGUGGUAGUGGAACCCUCAUUGCUGUUAAAAAACUCAACUCUGAAAGCUUACAAGGAUUUGAGGAAUGGCAGUCCGAGGUAAAUUUCUUAGGAAGGUUUUCUCAUCCUAAUCUUGUAAGGCUGCUAGGAUACUGUUGGGAGGAUCAAGAGCUUCUUCUCGUUUACGAGUUUAUGCAGAAGGGUAGCUUGGAAAACCAUCUAUUCGGAAGAGGUUCGACUGUUCAAUCACUCGAAUGGAGUAUACGGCUUAAAAUUGCAAUAGGAGCAGCAAAAGGCCUGUCGUUCUUGCACACAUCGGACAAGCAAGUCAUUUAUAGAGAUUUUAAAGCUUCAAAUAUACUGCUUGAUGGGUCGUAUACGGCUAAGAUAUCGGAUUUUGGGUUGGCCAAAUUGGGUCCUUCAGCUAGCAAAUCUCAUGUAACAACAAGAGUCAUGGGUACAUAUGGUUAUGCAGCUCCAGAAUAUGUUGCUACAGGACAUUUAUAUGUAAAGAGCGAUGUGUAUGGUUUUGGUGUUGUUUUAGUUGAAAUAUUAACCGGCUUACGAGCACUCGACCAAAACCGCCCAAGCGGGCAACAUACUCUGGUGGACUGGGUAAAGCCACAUUUAUCUGAAAGAAGAAAAUUGAAGAACAUAAUGGACCAUCGUUUGGAGGGCAAAUAUCCUUCCAAAGCUGCAUUUCGAAUAGCUCAACUUGCUUUAAAAUGUCUUGAACCUGAACCUAGGAACCGUCCAUCAAUGAAAGAAGUUGUGGAGACUUUGGAACAGAUCGAGUCAAUCAACGAAAAGCCAACAGAGCCAAAAAACCGUUCCACUCAUCACACAACUCGUAGACGUCGCCAGCAGCCAUUUCAUCAACGAUCUCCACUUGCUCCAAAGCAUGAAGUAGGCCAUGGUUAUCAGACCCCACCACGGGUGAGGUAAAACUGGGAGCCUGGCUGAUCAUCUUUUACUCCUUUCUUUCAAAUAUUCGUGUCUAGACUUAGAUUCGAGAAUAUUACUCUUCAAAGACAAUGAAGAUGCCUGUGUUGGGUACAUUCUCGUAUUCGAUACUCAUAGGUUUGAGUAACCGGAGAGGAUGUCCAACUUCUCUCACACCUCAAGUCCGCCAUCGUCGCUCCGUUAGAGUGAUGGCUUGCCAUUCAAGGGUUCGCCAAUGUAAAUCAAUUUUUCCUUCAAAACGACAAGGUGCAUAAUAAUAUACGAAAAAACAGAAAGAAAUUUCAAAUUA